AUGCGGGCCUUUACCAAGGCAGCAGUUUUGCUGCUGGUGCAGUCUGUCGCUGCCGAGUCCAUUCAGGCUCCCGUCCGCCGUGUCUCUGCAACUGAAACAAUUCCUACCGCAUACAUCACGUUGAACGUGCCCGUACAGGGCGCCGAAACGCAAGUUGUCCCCUUCCGUCUUGAUCUUGUCGAAGCCGGGGAGCCGUGUUCUCCAGCUCAAGUCAGCAUCAACGGCCAUCGUCUGGCGCAGAAUGGAGACGGCUUCGGCCAGGGAGACCUGGCCCUCGACGACGGCCUCACCAUCACCUCCAACUGGACCUUUGCCUGCCAGUCCCUCAAGCAGGCCCUCACCAUCCAUGUCCAGUCCAUCAACGGCCGCCCAGCGGCCGGUCCCGCGUCCCUGACGGCCAACUUUUAUCAGACCACCCCCGUCCAGAUUACCAGCGUUGAAGACGUGGCCAGCGUUCGCUACUUGCACCUCCACACGACCGUCACCCAGUCCCUGGCCGACAGCGGCGAGGAGCACACGGGUCUGGCGGAAAGCGACAACUUCCAACAGCACCCCGUCUCCGUCAUCAAUGGUGACAGCGUCCAAUAUGAGUUGUCGCGGCUCAAGGAGCUCCGCAGCCAGGCCCGCGAGCUGGCCACGCUCAUCCGCAACCAGGAGGCCGCCGUCAUUGACCGGCUGGAUCGCCAAAUGCAGGACAAGCUCGCGCGCGAGCCCACACCCACGCCGCUCGCCGACUGCCGUGACGUGCGCUGCGCAUUCAAGGCGCUCGCCUACCGCUUCCGCCACAGCCACGAGGAAGUGUGCGAGAGCGCAAGCGGUUGGCGCGCUGUGUUUGGUUGCGCCCCCAGGGAGCAGCAGUGGGACGACGAGGACGGCGGUCUGGAGUACACGGACGACAUGGCAUGGCUGGACAACGAGGAGAGCGUCUGGGAGGAUGAUGACGGCUUUUACGCCACCUACGAGGAGGACAUGCUCGCGGCACGAUACGAAUCUACUCGCAGCCGCAUGCUGUUGCUGGUAGCAGAAACCGCCGUCAUUUUUGGCACGCUCGUCUUCCUCGUCACCUCUCUUCUCCGCCGCCUCACCACCGGCCGCCGUCUCCGCUUCCGUCGUCGCGCUCACAGCGAGCUCCCCCUGUACCAGGAUGCGCGGUACUUUGACGAACCCAAGACGCUCCUCUCCUUUGGCUUCGUGUGCCACGACGUGGAAGCGGCCAGGCCGCGAAGGACUGCUUACCCGGUCGACGAAAAGGCCAUACUGCGCGCGGCGGACGACAACGAGGCACGCAGGACCACCACGGUAGCCGAGGAGAUUGCGGAGCUGCGCGCGGCGGCCUCGGUCGUGAGCGACUUGGUGGCCGUGGAUGAGGCGGAGCGCAGGACCAGCGUCGACUACGACGAUGAGGCGCCGCCUGCGUAUGAGCGUGGUGAGGAAAGGGAGCAUUCGCUGUAA